UUUUCUGUCAUUUUAAACAUGAAUUUGGAGUUUUUACUACGCUAAUCUGUGUAGCCAACCUGAUGAACUCCUUGAACUUGCUUUCUUUGCAUCUGUGAUGAGUAAGUGCAAUGGUUGGCAGUAUGUUGCCACCAGAGGGUAUAAAACUUACAUGCCUUGCCAUUGCAAUGAUUGGCAAUAGGAAUAUAGGAUGCCACCAGAGGGAAAACAAACCUACAUGCUUUGCCAAAGGCUGCAUGCUUUAAAGUGGUGGCAUGAUAUCCUACAAAAUGGAAAUUGAAUCAUUUCACUCCACCUCCCAAGUGGUUAAGCAGCGGCUAGCCUCCAACGAUAACUGGUGUGAGAGGAAACCUUAUUAUGCUUUAAAAUUUAUCUAAAAAUUUUGGGAUUUUUGGACAAUUUAAAGCAAAAGAUUCUUCCCAAGGAUGAUUGAUUUCUGUGUAAUUCUUCAAAUGAAGUUUGGCUCAUCGCUCUGUCACAACAGUAUAUCAGUAUAAGUUAUUGUUAUCCAUCAACUUUUACCACUUCGAAAGCUAAGUACUACAAGAGGAUUGCAAUCCUUCAAUCUUUGCUGUUGGCUAAAAAUGCUUUACAAAUUAUUAUUACCAAAAGAAAGUUAGCACUGCCAUUGGUCUUGUUCACAUUAAACGGUUCACAUGAGCCCCAUCAAGAUUAUUAAGUUACACGCAUAUGGGCAGAAUACAACCCCAAACAAAGGAUCAAAGCACAGCCGUUUAUGUUUUACCCCGAAAAAAAACCCUUCAGUCCAAGUGGGUUAACGUAGGUUUGCCAAACUUGUUUGACUCGUGAGUUUCUCUGCUGGAAUUCAAAACUUCGCUCCUUGGCAGUCGCAGAACGGAUUUGUCUCAGGUGAUUCUGUUCUGUCAUUGCUUUAAUUUCAAUUCCUAUGUUUUGUUUUAUCAGCAAAACUCUUCUCCAUGGGAGGGACAAGAUCACAGCCCCUCAAACUAUGAAACUUUUCUGCACUCUUCGAAAGAACCCAUCGAUUUUAUCUCUCAGAUUAUUUUCCUCGACUUCAAAUCAGCAGCAAUCUUUUACAGUUUCUUACCUCAUUAACACUUGUGGGUUGUCUCCGGAAUCUGCUUCGCAUGCCUCUAAAUUUGUCAACUUUGAAACCCCACAUAAGCCCGACUCUGUCCUUACCUUUUUCAAGAACCAUGGUUUCUCAAAAACCCAAAUAGCAACCAUCUCCAAGAGGCGGCCAGCGUUGCUUUUAUAUGAUGUUGAGAAAAUCCUUUUGCCUAAAGUGGAGUUUUUUUACUCGAAAGGUGCUUCAGGUUCUGACCUUACCACAUUCGUAUCUAAAUAUCCAACUAUUUUGGCUAUUAGCUUGGAGAAACAAAUUAUCCCUUCUUUUAACUUGCUUAGAAAUAUGCUUCUGUCUGAUGAGGAUGUCAUCAAUGCUAUAAAACUCUAUCCUCGAAUUUUCUCCUAUGAUUUUAAUGCUUAUAUUUUGCCUAAUAUCAAUAUUCUGAGAGAUACUGGAGUGCCUGAAUAUAACAUUGUUAAAUUACUCCAUUGGCUGCCUAAAACAUUCUUCCGAGCUCCAGUCCAGGUCAAGGAGAAUGCUGAGAAAUUAAAGGGAAUGGGUUUCAAUCCUGAGAGGGUUAUUUAUCUUGUAGCUGUCUAUGCAUUGGGGUCAUUGAGCAAGUCCACUUUGGAGAAAAAGGUUGAUACUUUUAAGAAGUGUGGUUGGUCUGAGGAAGAAGUUUUAGAAGCUUUUAGAAGAAAUCCUUUGAUAAUGACAAUUUCCGAGGAUAAAAUUAUGGCUGUAAUGGAUUUUCUUAUGAGCAAAAUGGGUUUCGAGGUGUCAUCCCUGGCGAAAUACCCUCGUAUAAUGGCAAUGAGCUUAGAGAAGAGGCUUGUUCCGAGGGGUUUGUUUGCUCAAGAUUUGUUGUCUAGAGGUUUACUUAAGAAGAAAAUUCGGUUGCCAAAAUUGUUUGAGUCUUCGGAGGAGUUGUUCCUGAGCAGGUUUGUGUAUGCCUAUGGAGAAAAAGCUCCAGAGCUGUUGAAGCUGUAUGAAGAAAAAUAUAACCUUGCAGUAGGAGGCAAGGGCAAAAUACAGAUAUCGUAGAAGUUGUCCUUUGAUCCUUGUUGAAUUCUUGAAUUCAUGAAUGUGCAACUAAUCAGAAAUUUUGAGCAAUAUCCAUUUUCUGUCAUUAGUGAGUCUUGAAUUUCAGCUAUAGGACUCUUUGCCUAAUGCUGCCCUUUAUCUUCCCUUCUGAAAUCAUCCUCUCCUCCACCUCCUACCAAGUUGCUUAGCAGCUCCAAAAAUGCUACUGUCACAAAGAAGCCUUGCAAGGGUUUGACAUGGAUCAUAUGAAGAAAUGGUGCUGCUGUUAUAAUUUAGAACAAGCUCUUGGGCUUUUUCAAUACUAGGAUCAAUUAUAUUAGUGUCUAUUCUUAUCAAUUUAGAAUUAUUCUUUCUCCUGUUUAUGAUGAUAACUCAUUAUUCACAAAGAAGUGAGCAAAACUUAUGUUCUUUUAAAUGAUUAGCUCCAUAUUUUUAUCAUCAUCAUAA